AUGCUAGAUGAGAUAGUGGGAAGCAUCCUACUUCCCCGAAGUACAGACAAUGAUGCGGCCCGUGGACAACGAGCACUGGUAGUGACAGCCGUGCUCACUGGGAUUUCAGUUCUUAUUGUCGCUAUGCGCAUGUAUGCGCGGGUUGGCUUGAUGAAAAUGAUUGGUCGCGAAGAUUAUAUGAUUCUUAUUUCUCUGGUGCUAGCAUGUACCUACCUAGGCCUGGUCGCUGCUGAGGUGCAUUUUGGUCUUGGAAAACACUCCGCCGAUCUUUCCGGGCAUGUCCUCAAAGCGCAAUUAGAGCGACUAUGGGCUGCUAUUCCCUUCUAUAACGCUAGCUUGAUCUUUACCAAGUUCUCCAUCCUCUUCCAAUAUCUUCGAAUCUUUCCCGACCGCCGCUUCCGGCUUGCCUGCUACAUCGUGUUGGCCAUUGUAACCACCUACGGAACGUGGGCGGUUGUCAGUGCUUUCUUGAAUUGUGUCCCAGUAGCCAAAUUCUGGGAACAUGACAUGCCCGGCUACUGCCUCAGCUUUGAAGCAGUGUGGUUCUUCAACGCAUCCAUGAACAUUGCCACAGACACCACCCUGUUGAUCUUGCCAAUGCCUCUCUUGUCACAAUUGCAACUCCCACGCAUGCAGAAAUUCGCCCUGAUGGGUGUCUUCGCAGUUGGUGGAUUGGUUGUGAUCACAAGCAUCCUCCGUUUAUCAAGUCUGAGGAGCGUAGCUCAAAACAAAGAUACAUCCUACAGCAACGUCGGAGCUGCCUACUGGACCGCCGCAGAAUGCAACGUCGCCAUCAUCUGCGCCUGUUUGCCAUUCCUCCGUCCUCUCAUCAGUCGCAUCUUCCCUCGCUUUCUUUCCACCAACAGCUACACACGCAACCAAACCAUGUCAGUGAGCCGGAGGACCGCUGCCCGGAUGACUGCACGCUCGCACCGGCAAAAGGUCGAGCUCUACUCUCAAGACCGCGACUAUGGCAUGUACACCAUCGACGUCAAGUCCGGCGAAACGAACCACGACGGCACCUUAGCUGGAAUCGAAGUCACGACGACCACCAUGAUCCAGGAGUCGUCGAGAAAUUGCGAAUCGACCAGUCAACGGCGAUUAGUGGUUGAUGUUUGA